CGCAGAAGCUCAGCGCAGUGGUUCAUUUAGUGAGGUGUCAGGUUCAUUUAGUCUUUUCCGAGAGAUCAACAGACUAUUUUAUUUUUGUAAAAUCGAGGCUGCACCCACCUUGAAGUAUAUAGACCCACGGAACGGUACUUGGAUUUUAUCAAUUUCCCGGAUAAUUUUUUUAAAAACAAUGUGGAAAAUUGGGGCAAAAGAAGCACUUUUGGCGCUUUCUAUAGACAUUUUAAUCUUCACAUGCUUGGUGUCAGCAGGAGAGUUUCCACAAGCACAAAAUGUCACCUGGACAUCAACUAACUUCAAAACCCUGCUGACAUGGGGACCCAAACCAUCUGAAAACUAUUCCUACACCGUGGAAUAUUCUGUGGUGGGCGAGAACCGUGAGAGUAACCCGCACUGUAUCCGGAGCAGAGAGACCAUGUGUGACCUGUCGGCCUCCCUGAGCCGGCUGAGGGAGAGCUACAUCGCCGAGGUCCUGUCAGAGCCACUGCGGGGAGUCGCCUCCGACCUGGUCGAGCCCCCCUACACCCGAUCCCAGGCCUUCUGCCCCUACCUAGACACUGACAUCGACAGACCGGACUUUACGAUUGUGGUGGGGAAGGACAAGCGGUCGGUCACGCUGAACGUUACGGACCCGCUGACCGCGCUGUUCAAGGGGAACCAGCAGCAGUCCAUCAGGGACGUGUUCGCUGAUGAGCUCCAGUACAGGGUCACCUACAGGAGACACUCCAGCACCGGCAAGAAAGAAUACACCUCGGCGGGCAGUGUGAUCGAGCUGAAGAAGCUGGACCGGGGGGAGAGCUACUGCUUCGAGGUGCAGGCCUACAUCCCCAGUCGCAAGCCUGGGAAGCAGCUGGGGGCGCAGAGCCAAACCCAGUGCUCCAAAGGGGAGAAGUCCUUCACUGAUGUGUACUCGGUGCCAGUGAUCGCGGGGGGCAUCCUCCUCAUCCUGGUCAUUGUGACCGUGGGCAUCGUGGUGGCGGUGGUCUGCCUCAAGCGCCGGAGAAAAGCCCAGGAGACCGCAAAAGAGCGCGAACUUCUGUGAUCAGCUUAACACCGUGUGUGUGUGUACGUGUGUGUACGUGUGUGUGUGUGUCUGUCUGUGUGUGUGUGCGGGGGGGCGGGGCUGAUGGGCAUGGUACAGCUGCUGGGUGGGAUCCAACAGUCCUCUUCAAAAGGCGGGGAGAAACACAGAGGGGCCACAGCAAGGUCAACAUUCCACUGUGGGACGCUGGAAUUGUACUCUCAACCCUGGUUUCUGUGAAACCACCUUUUCUCAUCCUCUAGCUCUAGCUCUACAGUUCUACACCGACCUGAGUGAGAAAACGUGAGCAAAACUCACUCUAAGCUUCUGUGAAUAGUAUAUAUUUUUAUACAAAUCCUUAGGUAGACUAAUGGGAGGUCCCUGGUAAGCUCAUUGUAUAUCCUUGGUGAAUAGUACUGCUGAUUUUAACUCUCUCUGGUUACGGUACCAUUGGCUUUUAUUUAUUUAUCGUUCUUACGGCUAACUUUAAAUUAACUAUGGGAGAUAAGGGUUUGAUCUUGAAAGACUACACAAUAAUGGAAAAUCAAAAACUAGUAUGUUAUAUUUUUGUAUUUAUAAUUUAUUAUUUAAAAAAAGCAAUGAAUUUGCUCUUUAUGUAUGAUGGUGGGUUUUUAUAUUGUUCAAAAAUGUUCACGCAAAUUUGUUCGAUUUGUAUUGUUAAAAAAACGAAAACAAUUAAAUUAUGUCAUGGAAAGAAUUCCCAAAAUAUAAAUUAGAAAAAAUAUGUUUUUAUUUGAAAAGGUUUACAUUGAUUUGAACACUGAUUGGCUGUUAUGAAAUGAAUUAGUAUCAUUUGUACUUGGAAACAACUAAUACUGAUUCAACAAUACAUCCCAAUAAAACAAAAAAAGAAUGUUU